GCUGAGACCUACGCAGAGCAGACCCAAGGAGCAAGUGACAGAAGAGACGGAGAAGGCAGAGGUGUGGGAAAGCCCAGAAAGCAGAAAUACAAAGGAGGAGACAGGACUGGUCAGAGGGGACUGAUACCGUGGAGACGAAAGGCGUAGGGGACGAGGAAGGAAGAGACACCGGGAUUGGGAAGGACAGACAGACAGAGAAGGGAAGAACCAGGAGAGAGACAGACUGGAGAAGACGCAGAGCAAAGACAGACAGACAGGCACACAGGGAACUGGUGAUUGGCAGAUCCGGCUGCCUCAAGGACCGUGGCCUUCGGUGGAGAGACAUCCCGGGGGGUUCCCCCUCUGCCACCCCGGAAGCCCUCUUGUCGGGGGUGUGGUGGAGAGUGGGGAGGCAUGGCAGAUUCUUGCCGGAAUCUCACCUAUGUGCGUGACUCGGUAGGACCUGCCACCAGCACCUUGAUGUUCGUGGCCGGUGUGGUGGGCAACGGGAUGGCGCUGGGCAUCCUGGGCGCACGUCGGAGGUCCCAUCCAUCAGCCUUUGCGGUACUGGUCACCGGGUUGGCAGUGACAGAUCUACUGGGCACAUGCUUCUUGAGUCCUGCAGUUUUUGUGGCCUAUGCUCAGAACAGCUCCCUACUGGGUCUGGCCCGAGGUGGCACAGCACUGUGUGACACCUUUGCCUUUGCCAUGACAUUCUUCGGCCUGGCCUCCACGCUCAUCCUCUUUGCUAUGGCUGUGGAGCGAUGCCUGGCGCUCAGCCACCCCUACCUGUAUGCCCAGCUGGAUGGGCCGCGUUGCGCUCGCCUGGCCCUGCCUGCCAUCUAUGCCUUCUGCAGCAUCUUCUGCUCUCUGCCCCUGAUGGGCCUGGGCGAGCAUCAACAGUAUUGUCCCGGGAGCUGGUGUUUCAUCCGCAUGCGCUCCUCCCAGCCAAACGGCUGCGCCUUCUCCCUGGCCUAUGCCAGCCUCGUUGCCCUGCUGGUGACAGCCAUCAUCAUCUGCAACGGCUCUGUCACCCUCAGCCUCUGCCACAUGUACCGCCAGCAGAGGCGAAACCAGGGCUCACUGGUGCCCAGCUCCCGGGCACGUGAGGAUGAGGUUGAUCACUUGAUUCUGCUGGUCCUCAUGACUGGGAUCAUGGCCGUGUGCUCCCUGCCUCUCACAAUCCGAGGUUUCACUCAGGCCAUCACUCCAGACAGCAGCGAGAUGGGGGAUCUCCUGGCCUUCCGCUUCAAUGCCUUCAACCCCAUUCUGGACCCCUGGGUCUUCAUCCUUUUCCGGAAGGCUGUCUUCCACCGCCUCAGGUUCUGGCUCUGCUGCCUGUGUUCCCGACCCAUCCAUGGUGACUCACAGAUACCCCUUUCCCGGCCUGCCUUCGGGAGAAGGGACCCACAGGCUCCCCCUGCUCUCCAGGAGAAGGAGGAGAGGUGGGUGCCUCUGUCACCCUGGGGCACUGGGCAGGUGGCACCUUUGCCUCCUGUGCCUCUGAUUGGUGGUGGCGGCAGCUCUGAGGGAACACCAUCCAAAGCAGAGGCCAUGGUCGCCUGCUCCCUCUGCUGACGUCUAAGUUGGUCCUGCAUGUGAUCUCUGGCCCUGUGUUCUGGGACAAGAAGCUAUCAGGGACUUGGCUAAUGAUGGUGGAAGCCACAUAUUUAACCUCCAAACUCUGGGGGUGAUCUGCUGCUAUUUUUCCUCCUUCAGGGUAGUGGCUUACAGACUCUGGGAUGAGGGUGAGGGAUGCUGCGAACAUGUGUUGUGAAGCUCGAGAAGGGUUCUCUCAAAAUAAUUGGGAGCUGGCCAGGCAGCACUGCUCCUGAGAUUGCCAUCCAUCUCACUGUCUAAAUAUUUAGGAAGCAGAAAAGUUCUCAGAGGCUUCUGUGGACUCGUCUGCUCAGGUUAGAGUUCUGGUCCCCAUCCACAUCCAUUGAGGUGGCCCUUAGCUGCCUACCCUAGGUCCCCAGGGGACACAGAGCCUCUCCCAAGCCAUUCCAAAAGCCAAUGCAGGACCUACUUAGACCUCAGCAGAAAAGUUCCUGCCAUUCCCUCUUUCCCCAUCCCCUCUCUGACUUGGGGGUUCUGAAUCCUCAAAAGAGUGGGAAGAAAGGAAGGCCAUUAUACUAUAGGUGACGGUACUGAUGUGUCCGGCACAGAAAUGACCUGAGAAAUGCCAUAGGUUGGGAGUCUGUGCCCUGUGAACUUUGGGGGAGGUGCCUAAGAAAAGAUGGAGAUGGGGAUGUGGUGUGGGGGAGGUCCCAAAGAUGUCACAAGAAUGCAAACUCAAGCCCCAAACCUGCCCCUACAGCCCUGCCCCCUGCCUCCAAGUCUGGAACAAAUAACUACCAGACUUUAACUCACUGUCUUCAGGACCUUCACGAAAAGUUCACUCAUUCAAUUCAACAAACUCCCAGGACCCUAAAACCGGAUAGCAGGCAUUGAGUGUGCCUGGGGUUGCAGACACAGACCAGUCUCUGUGCUUCCUGGAUCUGUUGGGGUGAGUGAUACUCAGCAUCCCCUGCAAUUUUCUAAGGCCCAUCUCUGGCCUCCAGAGGCCAACAGUUCAAGGUGCUUGGGAAUAACUUGCCGGGUAUGAAGGGAAGCGAGUGGAUUGGAAGGCUGGGGGAGGGUGAACAGGAUAGCUCCCCACCCCACCAGCCCUGGUUCCUCUUUCUCAUCCACUCUGCCAAGUGCCCACUUAUUCCACCUGCUUGGCAGCACAUUUGUUAGUAGAGCCUUUCUAUAGAGAUUGGAACCAAUGGCCAAAGGGGGCACGCCCCCGGCUUUGGGUCACACAGCAAGCAAAAGGACCAUGUCUCUAUCACAUGCUUCCAAGUCUAGCUUGCUGGCUUGACUGGUGUGGCUGCUCUGUACCGCAGUUUCCUCUGUGUUGUAAUCUAGUUCUUACAGGGUUGCUGUGUGGAUGAAAUGACUGCCCCUCAAACAGCAGCUUAGCAUGGAACCUGAAGAGAGCUUGCAAUAGUUGUUACCACUAUUGUUGGUGCUGCCUUUGUUAUUAUCUAGACAAACACAAUUUCAAAACAGCAAAGCUUGGAGUCUGUUUUGACUUUCCUUUUUUUCUAGUCAGUGUGUUUCAGAUCUGUUCAGAAGAACAAGGGGUAUGUGGAGAGGUAGAAACAGGCUAAGAUAAGCAGGGUGUGGUGGCGCUCAUCUAAUUCCAGCACUCUGGAUAGAGGCAGGAGGGUCAGGAGUUCAAGGUCAUCCUCAGCUACUACAGAGCAAGUUGGAAGUCAGCAGGCCAUACCCAUCCUGGUCUCAAAACACAAAACUAAGAGCCGGGUAUGGUGGUGCUCGCCUUUAGUCCCAGCACUCAGGAGGCAGAGGCUGGCAGAUCUCUGUGAGAUCGAGGCCACUCUGGUCUAUGUAGCAGUUCCAGGAACAGCUGGAGCUAGAGGGAGACCCUGUCUCAAAAAAACAAAACAAAACGAAAGCAAAACAAAACCAAAUAACAACAACAACAAAUUAAAAUAUUAAAAACAAACUAGACUUCGGUGACUAGUGAACAGGCACUGGCUGAUAGAAUGUAACAGUUGCUGACUGGGUGUAUAAACCAAAUGCCAUUGAAUUUGUAACUGUCUGUGAAUUGAAAAUGAUUAAAUGGCAGUUUUUAUUUAUGGGUAUCUUAUCACAAUAAAAAAAUAUAAUCCUG